GAGAAGGGAAGUGAAACCAAAACUGUUAGGUUUGCUAUGGAUCCCGAGAGCUUUGAAAUCUCAUCAGUCUCCCAUGAAUACCAUGAAGAAGCUGGAAAGGCAAAGGAACCAUUGGAGUAUUCAGAACAAAACAAGACAAGUAAUAAUGGAAAAUAUAAUUUACGCAAAAGUUUAGCAUGGGAUAAUGCUUUCUUUACUAGUGAAGGAUUUCUGGAGCCGGAGGAGUUGUCUAGCAUGCUGGGAGGCAAUGAGAAAGGUCAAAUACAAACAUUGCCUGGGAUUCAAGAGGAUGUAAACAAAUCUUAUGAUUCAUUAACAACAUUGGAUUCUGAAACUUUGGCAUUGGAAAGUCUUGAGGCUGAUUUGUUUGAGGAUGUAAGAGCUUCAAUCCAGAAAUCUAACAAAGUUCCUGUCACUGUGAAUUUGGCAGCAAGGACUUCAAGAAAAGUAGAACAUACUACUCAGGAUAAGAUGAAGCAGAAAGCUACUCUAAAGAAGCUUAAUGUUGGUGUAAAAGACUCAGGGAAAAAAUUGAAGCCUAAUGUUGUGACUCCACAAAUUUUGCAGACGGUAAAAUCUGUUGCAAGAAGCGGGGAAUCAACUUCAUAUCUUCAUAACCCACCAAAGGUUUUAAGCAGUGUUGGUCCUUCACCAAAAAGGGUUUCCUUGGGUGCUAAGAAUGUCAGAAUGGAAAAGGAUACAAAAACUGUAACUGGUAGAGGAACUACAGUAUUAAAAACUCCUUUGGGUGGUGCAAGAAACACUGUGCCUAGGUCUAAGCCAUCUUCGAAAUCUUCUUCUUGCUCCCCAGCCUGGAGCAAAACGGAGCUGAAUUCUUCUUGUUCCUCACUUGAAAGUUGCGCCAGUAUUUCGUCUAACAGAACUUAUUUAUCUUCCUUUAAUUUGAUUAAGCAUAAAAAUGGCUCCAGAAUUGUACCAAGAAGUAAAAUUCAAGCAGGAAGUUCAAAGCUCCCAACUAUUUUGAAGUCUUCUACCAAGAUCUCUUCCAGUAUAUCUCCUGCAAGCUCUAUCAGUGAAUGGUCCUCAGAGUCAUCAUCUAUAUCUUCUUCUAAUCAAAGUUCUAACGUUGCAAGAACUAGCCUUAGCUCUGGCUCCCGCAAGGGACCUGCUAUAAAUCGUGACACACACACACAGAACCAUCCUACAGGUAAGUGCUCACGUGGAGAUGGCACUGAGGUUACUGGCUCGCUUAAUGAAAGUGAAAACAAAGUUUCAGCUAGAACUAGUAAACUUCUUCAUCCAGCUUCAGUGAAACCCUCCGGCCUCCGUAUGCCAUCACCAAAACUUGGCUUCUUUGAUGGGGUACGAUCAUCGGGACGCACUCCAAAUGGGAGUAUGCUGUCUCAUCCUGGUGUACCUAGUGGCUUGCCUAAAAUUGGAGCAAAAAACACUAGUCCAAGUGGAAUCUCAAACAAGGCAAAGAUUGGAAAGCUUCAACCUGUUAGAACGCUUACUGUAAUCCAAAGCCCCAAGGUUGAUGUUAAGCAAAUUUCCUCUGCUAUAAAUUUGAGAUCUUCCUUAUCUAUUCGAAAAUGUCCAAUUGCUGCAACAUUGGCACCAAGUUCUUCAAGAAACCUCAAAACCAGCACUAGCAUAUCUCCAAAACUUCAGAAUAAAUCCUCUCCCAGAAAUGGUAUUGGUUCGGCCGAAAAAGUAGCAAGCCAGGGAAGCGAGGAUGGUGCAGACACAAAGGAUAUCAAGAUUGCUCCUGUCAAUGGAGAACUUGAAAUAACUUCUAAUGUAGUUUCCAAGUCCGAUGUUAAAAACACAAUAGCAUCAAAAGAAGCAGCUAAAAAUGACACGCACAACAAUACAUACCUCAAUACUAAAACAGUUUUCUUUUAUGACGCCAACAAGGAAGAAGCUCCCGCCGAAGACGAAAUCGACGUUGUUAAGAAAGAACCUAUUGCUAAGUUUGAGAACAGUUUGUCAAAUCCCUAUCCAACCUCUCCAUCCCCAAUGACUUCUGAAGUUACUUGUGGCCCAAGGAUACCUUUCUCAGUCAGGGAUUCUUUUUACAAUACGGAUGCAUCACAUGAUGUAUUAUCAGGAUUAGCAGCAACCGAGAAGACAACCCCAUUACCAUGUCUGGAAAGCAUCUUUCCUGAGAAUAAUAUCUAA